AUGAUCGCCAUCUCGACUGAAGAUUAUCAGGCUGUAACCGAUCAAUUCAAUGCCACCGACGACACUACAACGCUAGGACAUUGCCUACAUCACCUUCUUCAGCAUGCCACGGACAGCCACGCAAACAAGACUGCCCUGAUUUGUGGCAACACGGAACUGUCCUUUGAAGAGCUCAAUACGCUCGCGAAUCGUCUUGCCCACGUCUUGGUGAAGCAGGGCAUUGGCCGGGGCGACCUCGUCGGUGUUGCCCUGGACCGUUCUGUCGACCUCAUCGUGGUGCUACUGGCCGUACUGAAAACGGGUGCCGCGUAUGUACCUAUCGAUCCAGCCUUCCCUAGAGAUCGCAUUCGCCACAUGAUCGACGACGCUGGACCAAAGCUCAUCAUUGUUGGAGCCGGCACACACAAUGCGUUGUUGCCCUGGAGAGAAUUGUGCUUUGAUAUUGACGAGAUACGAGACAAAAUGACAAACUCGGACAGCGAUUCCGGACUCGAGGUUGACGUGCACUCAGACGACCUAGCAUACGUGAUAUAUACAUCCGGCUCCACCGGCAAGCCCAAGGGCGUGGAGAUUAGCCACGGCGCUUUGGCUAACUUACUGUGCUCGAUGCGACGGGAGCCCGGAUGCAGUGAAACAGACCGGCUGCUUGCUGUAACGACUAUCUCUUUUGACAUUGCGGCCUUGGAGCUAUUCCUGCCGCUGCUCUGUUGCGCGACGGCAGUUGUGGCUCAGGAACAUGAGGUCAAGGACCCAGGCGCACUAUUGGGGCUUAUGAAACGGCACGGCAUCACCGUGAUGCAGGGCACGCCCGCGACCUGGCAGAUGCUACUGGACGCGGGCUGGAAAGGGGAGCCCCGUCUCUCCAAAAUUCUGUGCGGCGGAGAUGCGCUGCCCAGGAGGAUGGCAGAGCGACUACUCUCGUGUGCGGAGUCCGUGUGGAACAUGUACGGUCCGACCGAGGCGACGGUGUGGGCGAGCAUCUGGAAGGUACGCCAGGGCCGAGAUGUAGUCGUUGGCAGCCCGAUAGCUAACUACCGGAUGUAUGUACUUGGUGAAGACCUCUCUCCGGUGCCACUCGGGUGCGAAGGCGAGCUUUAUAUAGGCGGCGCCGGCUUGGCUAGAGGCUACCACAACAAGCCGGAGCUUACUAGGUCGCGCUUCCUCGACAAUCCCUUUCACGAAGGCCACCUGUACCGCACAGGCGAUCUGGCCCGUUUCGAGACUCCGGAGAGGCUGCGCGUCUUGGGCCGCGCAGAUGGGCAGGUCAAGAUCCGUGGCUACCGGGUCGAGCUGGGCGACAUUGAGUCGGCCAUCACCAACCACGCGGAUAUCUCGGAGACGGUCGUAAUCAGCAGAGAGGAGAGGUUAAUAGCGUACUGCGUGCGGGAUACGGUCGUGCCUGCUCCCAGUAACGCGCGCAAGCCGACGCUCGACAGUGUACUACGUCCCUGGCUGGCCGAGCGGCUGCCGGCGUAUAUGAUGCCUGCAUUCUUUGUCGAGUUGGCGGCCUUUCCAAUGACACUUAAUAAGAAGGUCGACCGUAAGGCUCUCCCGGAUCCUAUAGAGUUAAUUCACCAUGUCGCGGCUGAGCUGGUGACCGAGAUGGAGCGGAAUGUCCGGCUCAUCUGGUCAAGCGUCCUUGGUCACGACCGCAUCGGCAUCCACGAUAACUUCUUUCAGAUCGGUGGCGAUUCUGUGCGCAUUGUGCGAGUGCAAAAAGAGCUGGAGAAGCUUCUUGGCCGGCCGUUGUCUCCGGCCAUGCUGUUUGAGCACUAUACCAUCAAGACACUGGCAGCAUACCUGGGCAGCACUGAGGAGAUCAAGCCCAAACCUGUCCUUCUGCCAGGUCGCGCAGCAGCCAACGAGGACAUUGCCAUCGUCUCAAUGGCGUGCCGGCUCCCUGGUGGUAUCACCACCCCGGAAGAUUACUGGGAGCUGCUCAAGCGCGGAGGUGACAUCAAUAUGGACGUACCAAAAGACCGCUGGGAUGCCGAUACCCUCUACGACGCCGACUCAGAUGCGUGUGGAAUGUCGUACUGUCGGCGGGGUGGAUUUCUUAGCUCCGUCGACGACUUUGAUGCAUCCUUCUUUGGUGUCUCGCCAAGAGAGGCGUGUGCCAUGGACCCUGCGCAGCGCGUUAUGCUGGAGACAAGCUGGGAGGCAUUCGAGCGCGCGGGUUACACAGUCGAGCACCUGCGCGGCAGCCAAACGGGGGUCUACAUUGGCGUCUGCAGCAUCUCAGCACACUCCCCCGCACGGGCCCUUGCAGAUCUCGAUGGCUACGCCGUGACAGGCUCUGCCGGAGGAACUGUGUCUGGCCGCGUAUCCUACGUGCUCGGUCUCGAGGGCCCGACCAUAACGGUGGACACGGCCUGCUCCUCAUCCUUAGUGACGACGCACCUGGCGUGCAAUGCACUUCGUCAGGGCGAAUGUGACAUGGCACUGUCUGCCGGCGUGACCCUCAUGCUCACCCCUGGAAUGCAUGUCGAAUUCAGUCGGCUCAAAGGUAUGUCCCCGGACGGGCGGUGCCGAGCUUUUGCAGCAGACACGCAGGGCACAGGCUGGGCUGAGGGUUGCACAGCUGUAGUGUUAAAGCGUCUGAGCGACGCCGUCCGCGACGGUGACAUUGUCCAUGCAGUAAUUCGCGGAACCGCGAUUAACCACGGAGGAAGGACUGCCGCUGGGCUGACGGUGCCAAGUGGCCCGGCGCAACAGCGGCUUGUUCGCACAGCGCUAGCCGCGUCGGGGUUGACUCCGGGCGAGAUUGACUAUAUCGAAGCGCACGGCACGGGAACUAAGCUGGGCGAUCCUAUUGAAGGUGUGGCGCUAGCUGCAGUUUUUGGCGGAAGUCGGCCAGCCGAGGCGGAGCCACUGUGGAUCGGCUCGGCAAAGUCAAACGUCGGGCAUACACAAGCGGCGGCGGGUCUAGCGGGGAUGCUCAAAGUCAUCUUGGCGAUGCAGAACAACCAAAUUCCUCGAACUCUGCAUGCCGAGAAGCCAACGCCGGCAGUGGACUGGCAGAGUGCCAAAAUGGCGCUCGUGCAGGAGCCUCAGCCCUGGUUCACCCGAGAGGGUCGACCCCGGCGGGCCGGCAUUAGCGCAUUUGGCAUUGGCGGGACCAACGCGCAUGCCAUUGUGGAGGAACCUUUGUUACGUUCUGUGCAUUCCAAGACAUUGUCGGCCCCAUUGCCGCCAGAAAUUCCGUUUAUAUUAUCGGGCAUUACCGAUGCCGCCCUAUACCAGCAGGCUGAAAGGCUUCAACGGUACAUCAAGAGCACAAGCAAGGAUAGCAAUGCCCGUCUCAGCGAGGUGGCCUACUCGUUGGCGACCACUCGCAACCACUUCCAACGGCGACUUGUACUAAUGGCAAAAGACAAGGCCACGCUCCUGGAGACUCUCGGCUCCAGUUCGAGAGCUUUGCAUGCUCCUAACCAUGUUGGGGAGCCUCGCCUGGCCAUGCUUUUCACCGGUCAAGGCAGUCAAGUCUCAGGCAUGGGGAAGGACCUUUAUCAAGUCUACCCAGUAUUUCGCGAUGCGCUGAAUGAGAUCACGGCGCACUUCACCGAGCUAGAGAUGCCGCUAUUAGAUGUUAUGCAGGCUGUUCCUGGUAGCGACACCGCCACGCUGCUGCGGCGAACUGAUUUUGCGCAGCCCGCUAUCUUCGCCUUGGAGAUAGCCCUUUGGCAUCUCUGGAAGAGCUGGGGCGUGCAGCUGGAUCUGGCUCUCGGCCAUAGUGUGGGUGAGCUCGCGGCUGCACAUGUCACCGGCGUCUUGAACCUCUCCGAUGCCUGUCGUCUGGUCGCGGCACGCGGCCGGCUGAUGCACGCCGUUUCGACCCAGGGCCGCAUGGUUUCGCUAGAAGCCAGCGGGGAAGAGGUAGCAACAGCGAUUGAGGUACUCGGCCUCGUCUCCAACGUCGACAUCGCGGCCUACAACGCGCCACAGCAGACUGUCGCAUCGGGCGACGCUGAUGCUAUCGAGAGUAUAUCAGUCUAUUUUGCUCGCCUGGGGCGCAAGAUGAAGUCGCUUGAUGUGUCGCACGCCUUUCACUCCCACCACAUGGACAGUAUGUUGGCAGAAUUUCAAGCGGUGGCUGAAGCUGUGCAAUUCCAUCCACCACAGCUGCCGAUCGUCAGUAGCCUGACGGGUAAGCUGGCUGGAAAAGACCAGCUCGAACGACCCGAUUAUUGGGUCCGCCAGGCACGCAGGGCUGUUCGCUUUGCCGAUGGGAUUCAGACAUUAUAUGAACAGGGUACCAACAUCUUCCUUGAGCUAGGACCACAGCCGGUCUUAGCCGGCAUGGGUGCGGCAAGCUUAGCAACCAACGAAACAAUUGCCUGGAUGCCGUCGCUCGUUCCUGGCAGGCACGGCGCAUCGGUCAUGCAGCGAAGCCUCGCAGACUUGCAUGUGCGGCACGUGUCCAUUAACUGGACUGGUUACUUUGAGCCUUUCGGCUGCUGCCGCCGCGUGGAACUGCCCACAUAUGCCUUCCAGAGACAGAGUUUUCCACCCUUGCGGGUCACAGGUGCCAGCGACCUAUAUGCUAAUUGCGUCAGCCGUGCAACGCAGCAGCACCAAGCCGAUGUCGACAUGGAUCGCUUCCAGCUCGAAAUCGGCUGGCAUCGGGUCAAUGUUGGCGAUGUCACCCUCGGCGGCUCAUGGGGACUACUGUACCUGGCCGGUAAUGCUGCAUGCGCACGGGCAUGCGAGGUGAAAACGGCUUUGGCGCAGGCGGGCAUUCAGAUCCGCGAGGUCAGGAAUCUCGAAGAUGCCGAAGGGCUGGAUGGUCUGCUAUGCGUGUUGGACUCGGACGCGGAUGAUAUCAUAGGCCAGGCGCGUGAUUUGACCGCAAAGGGGCUGACGCAGCUGCAGAUGGCAGCCCAGGUUCAAUUUAGGCCGUCGCUGGUAUGGAUCACCCGCCACGCAGUGGGUGCCGGCGCGGAAGAGAAGCUCACGGGCCUGGGGGCUGGGCCGUUAUGGGGUAUGAUGCGUACCGCGCGGAGCGAGCAUCCGGAACUCCGGCUACGUCUCAUUGAUUUGGAUCAGGAGACGCCUGCGCCCAACACGCUCGCCUCAGCCCUGAUGCUGGGCGACGAGCCUGAAUGCGCCGUGCGCCAGGAGCAGGUGCUUGUGCCACGGAUGCAGCGCGUGAACUUGGUAUCAGUAUCGACUAAGCAACCACUCCUCCGAACUGACGGCGCGGUGCUCAUCACGGGUGGUCUUGGUGAUCUCGGCCAGCGCGUAGCUCGAUGGUUGGUAAGCGCACACGGCAUCCGUGACCUAGUGCUGAUCUCGCGCCGCGGUAUGGAAGCUCCCGGUGCGACCGAAUUUGUAGUUGAACUUAAUGGGCUCGACGCCAAAGUUACCGUGAUCGCCUGCGAUAUGGCCGACCUCGAUAGCAUCAAGCCGACCAUGGCAUUGUUCAACGAGAACCGGCCGCUGCGCGGUGUGGUCCAUGCGGCCGGCGGGCAGGACAAUGGUAUCCUCUCGACCUUGACGCCACAGCGAUGUGCCGCAGUCUUUGCGCCAAAAGUUGAUGGCGCUUGGCAUCUGCACGAGUUGACUCGGGAUAUGGAUUUGGACUUUUUUGUGAUGUUCUCUUCCAUCUCCGGCAUCAUGGGCAUGCCUGGUCACGGCAAUUACGCUGCGGCCAACACCUUCCUAGAUGCACUCGCGCACCUGCGUCGUGCCCAGCGCCUGCCAGCCACUUCAGUGGCAUACGGCACCUGGGAGGGCGAGGGAAUGGCGGCCAGGAUUGUUGGAACGACGCUUGCUCAUCUCAAUCGACUCGGCCUUGAUAUGCUCACCCCGGAAGAAGGCCUGAAACUGUUUGAGAAGGCUGUGCGCAGCGGCCGAGCGCUUACCGUGGCGGCCGCAUUGGAUCCAGAUCGGCUUCAGGGCUAUUAUGAGGAGCGAGACGGAACACCGCCAUUACUUCGUUUGCUGCUGGACCAGGGUGACAGGCGAGUUCACCGAGGCUGGGAUCUGCGCAAGAUCUUGAGCAAAGCCAGCCCUGCACAGCAACCUGACAUUGUGCUGGGCAUGGUCCGAGAUACUGUGGCCAAGGCCUUAGGCUUUGCGCUGCCGGAUGAUGUGAAUGUAAACCGGCCUCUGCAGGACAUCGGAAUCGACUCGUUGACCGCGAUUCUGAUACGCAACCAGCUGGCGAGUCUGACUGGCCUGACAUUGACCGCCAGGUUCGCAUUCCAGUACCCGAAUCUCAAGGCGCUCAGCCAGUUCCUCCUCUCCGAGCUGCAGGAAGAUGGGUCGGAUUAUUCCUGCAGCAGCUCCACUCCUCCCACUACCGCGGCAUCGGAGAUGCCUCGGCUCAACGUAACUGCCAUCAUGAAGGGCUGUUUGGAACCCAGCUUCACAUUUCACAACGCUGCCAAGGCAUCUGUGCCUCCCAAAUCCGUGUUCGUCACAGGUGCCACAGGCUUCGUCGGCGCGUUCAUCACGCAUGAGCUGCUUGAAAUAGGCAUCACCACCCAUUGUUUGAUACGCGCUGAGUCUGCCGAUCAAGCCCUGCAGCGUUUGGUGGUCACACUCACCAGCUACUGCCUCUGGAAGCCUGAAUAUGCGCCGCUGGUCUAUCCUGUCGUUGGCGACAUGGCACAGCCCCUCUUUGGCCUGACGCAAGAAGCGUUCGACCAUUUGGCCGACUGUGUCGAUGCCAUCUGCCACUCGGGUGCACUUGUUGACUGGAUGCGCCCACUGGAAGACUAUAUCGGCCCCAACGUUGUCAGUGCUCACGAGGUUCUGCGUCUGGCCUCAUAUGGCCGUGGCAAGGCAGUUCAUGUCGUCUCGACAAUGUCCACGCUACCCAAGUACAUGGGCUACGAGAUCACGGAGAAGGACCAGGAAUAUGGUUAUGCUACCUCGAAAUAUAUCGCAGAGCAAAUGGUGGCAGCUGCCCGUUGGCGUGGCGCCAGGGCAUCUGUCUACCGCUUGCCUUUCGUCACUGCCUCGACUGCCACAGGUCACUUCCGGCAAGACCGCGGCGACUUUCUGCAUAAUCUAAUUUCUGGGUGUCUUGAGAUGGGCGCCUUUCCAUUGUUGGACGCGGACCUGUCAGCGGUGCUGCCCAUCGACUACCUGUGCAAGACCAUCGUUGCUGUAAUGACGCAGGACAUCUAUCGAAUUGGCCAGGAUUAUGACUUUUCCAAUGCGCGCGCACCGAGCUUCAACCACUUCUUCAAGCUUAUGUGUGCCGGCACCCCUCGCCAGGAAAUUGUGCCAUUUCCCAGAUGGCGGGAACGGGCAUUGGCCUAUGCUGCUGCAAAUCUGAAAAGUCCACUAGCUCGCAUCACCACUCUCCUCGACGGUGUUAAUGAUGACGAAAGCGCGAAUGCUAUGGUGACGGGCCCACCAGUCGGCGAACACGUUUUCGGUGCUGACGAUUAUCCUGUGCCAUUUAUCGACGUGCAAUCUGUGCGAAAGUACGUGACCCGAAUCAAUGCUGCGCGCAUGGAAAGAUCCACUAUCAAUGCAAUUGGUAUGCCCGUUGUUAGGUGCUCGUAA